CAUUUACCAAACACGCUACAUGCAAGGAAGAACAGCAAGCAUCCACAACUGCAAGAUCUACUAUACAAGUUUCUCCAAACACACCAAUGGCCGGUUUACAACCUGAUGAUUAUUUGAAGAUCAACUAAAAUGAAACCAACGAUGCUUCAAGUUGAAAAAUACAAAGUUGAUCAGUUGGAAAUCGUGAAUUGUCCGUGGGUCCUUUUUGGAGUAGAAGAGUGGAACUUAACAAUACCUCGCCUACUACGCAACUGAGAGGGUAGUCAAGAGAACAGCUGGGAUUCUGCAAAGAGAAUAAAGGGAAGUCGCAACAUGCAGGCUCGUCUUCUGCCGCUCUGCAGCAGGGGAAGCGAGAGAGUGAGAGAGGGGCUGAUAGGAGGAGCAUGAAAGAAGGAGGGCACUACUUUCGAAAGUGUUCUUGACAGAGAGAGAGAGAGCAGUAGUGCUGGCACUGGACUCACUGCACUGCAGGUGGAUCACAUCCGUCUGCUCUAAGAAGAUUCUAAGGCAGCCGGUACAAGAUUUCCUAAAGCAAACAAGGUCAGAUUCAUAGCGGCAGUCAUCCAGUGAAGGACCGAGGCAGAACAGGGAUGAGCGUGGACGUCCACCACGGGGUUGUGACCACCCCUCCCCCACCCAGUGGCGGCCCCAGGGAGCGCUACUUUGACCGAGUCAACAUCAACGACCCGGAGUACCUCAGAGCCAGGAAUAUGUCGCCCGAUCUUCGGCAGGACUUCAACGUUCUGGAACAGAAGAAACGGGUCACGCAGAUAUUACAAAGCCCCGCCUUCAAGGAGGAGUUGGAGAGUCUGAUCCAAGAGCAGCAGCGCAAAGGGAACAACCCGACUGGUCUGUUGGCCCUCAGACAGAUCGCUGACUUCUUCAUGGCGAGUUCAGUGGCCGGUUUCAACACUUCCCCACUCAGUUUGGGGAUGGUGACUCCCAUUAACGACAUGUACGGCGUGGAUCCAAGCACCAUGGUGAAAGGAGAGAAGCUGACCCGCUGCAAACUGUCCAGCCUCUACAGACUGGUGGACCUGUUCAGUUGGGCCCACUCUAUCAGCUCCUACAUCACUUGCCGAGUCAGCAAAGAGCAAGAUCACAUCCUCAUCAUCCCCAGAGGACUUUCAUUUGCUGAGGCAUCCGCAUCAAACCUGGUGAAGGUGAACAUCAUCGGGAACGUCAUCGAGCAGGGCUCAACCAACCUGACCAUGGACUCUGCUGGGUUCAGCCCGCAUGCUGCCAUCUACUCCAUGCGCCCAGACAUCCGCUGUGUCAUACACCUGCACACUCCUGCCACGGCUGCUGUGUCAUCUAUGAAGUGCGGCAUCCUACCCAUUUCGCAGGAGUCGCUCAUUCUGGGGGACAUCGCCUACUACAACUACCAGGGCAGCCUGGACGAGCCAGAGGAGCGCAAAGAGCUCCAAAAGGCCCUGGGGCCCACAGCCAAGGUUCUGGUACUGAGGAAUCACGGCCUGGUAGCUCUGGGGGAGACCAUGGAAGAGGCCUUUCACUACAUCUACAAUGCACAAUUUGCCUGCGAAAUCCAGGUGAACGCCAUCUCAUGUGCCGGCACCAUAGACAACCUGAUUGUGCUCGAUCAAGAGAAGUACAAAACACGUGUGCACGAGGUGGCCGCAACAUUUUCCAGCAACAUGAGCAGUCCGGUGAAGUGGAAGGUCGGCGAGCUGGAGUUUGAGUCUCUGAUGAGGAUGCUGGACAACCUGGGCUACAGGACAGGUUACGCCUAUCGCCAUCCCAUUGUGCGGGAGAAGCCCAGGCACAAGAGCGACGUGGAGAUCCCCGCCACCGUCACAGCGUUUAUGUUCGAGGAGGACAUGGACGCCACGCGGUUGCCCUUCAAGUUCCUCCUGCAGCGGCAGCAGAGGGAGAAGACGCGCUGGCUCAACUCGCCCAACAGCUACACCAAGGUCAACGUGGAGGGUGGAGACGAGCGCUACAACCACAACAGGACGACCACGUGGUUAAAGGCCGAGGAGACGGGAACCCCGAUCCGGAUUGAGGACCCUAAUCAGUUUGUCCCGCUCAACACAGACCCCAAAGAGGUGCUGCAAAAGAGGAACAAAAUUAGAGAGCAGAACCGGUGUGACGUAAUGACGUCAGGACCUCGCUCUCAGCACCUCGCCGGCAUCCCGGUUGAUCAACCACGACGGGAUCUGGUGCAGAUAAACAUUCUGCCAUACGUGCCCACAGAGGAAGAACAGAUGGCCCCGCAGCCUCCCAACCCUUUCAGUGAGCUGUCAGAGAAAGAACUGGAAGAGUAUCGCAAAAACGUGGAGAGAAGGCAACUGGGUCUCGAUGGCGAGCACGAGCUAACCUCCGACGACGGCUCCACACUCUCCCAGUCUCUGUCACUCACCCAGUCACCACUAAGCACUCCGGCUAAACAAGCCAACCACUCGGGCCUGACGAACGGCAAAGACAACCACUGCCACACAGACCACGAGCCGUCCGAGCGCGUCGGCCAGCUCCACGGCGGCGUGGACGGCGUGGCGAUCACGGUGCGCCCGGGCGAGAAGAUCGAGGAGGUUCUGUCCCAGGAGAGCUCGCCCUCCAAGUCGCCCAACGGCAAGAAGAAGAAGAAGUUCCGCACGCCGUCCUUCCUGAAGAAGAACAAAAAGAAAGAGAAGGCGGAGGCCUGAGUGAUUAGAUCAUUUUUUUUUCAAUUGUUUUGUGUUGUCUUUUACGUUGUCUACGUUUUCCUGUCCUGUUGGGUUUUUUUUUUAAAGGUUUUAUACGCAAAAGAGCAGAAUACGUGAUUGGAUCGGUUUGUAAUGAAAAGAAGGCAGGAAGUGGGCUCUUUGCAGGCUCCACCUGGUCUACAGCUCACGUAGACCCUUAUCAACUAGAUCGCCCUGGCGGUAUUUCACGGUAGUCAAAACAAUCAGGCCGCGACAAAACUGCACUGUCGGCGCUUUUCCCUCACCUCGCGGCCCCCCAUCACUGAGAGGAGACAGGAAGUCCCCCCCUGGAUGUGUUGCAGGUGUAACAUAACUGGAGCAAAAAGGAGCACAGUAAUGUUGACACUCUCAAUAUUUAUGUAGCAUUUUUCUCUCAUUUUUAGGACAAACCUAAAAUUGAGUCAUCUCAUGAAUUGUACUUUUUUUUUUUUUUUUUUUUUUUUAGUCAACAUCCUUUUCUACUCAUUCUCCAGACGCCAACUUUCUCUCUUUUGGCGGCACGUUGCCUCGCACGAUAUUGUCAAGUCGAGAAUACAAAGUGACGACAUCUCUCCACGAUACGAUAAUAACUGGAAACGUGUAAGUCUAUUUUUUUUUUUUUUUUUUUUUUUGAACGUGCCACACUUUUCCUGGUGACGUUUGUAAAAGGGACGGCAAGUAGCAACGCCUGCGAGGUGUGGAAAGUGGAGAAGGAAACCGAAGUCUUUCAUUUGAGUUUCGCCAAGGGAUGUUAGGGCCACACUGACAAGUCACUUUUUGUUCACUUGCGAGAAUAAAUCGUGAUCAUUGAGUCAAGUAAAAGCCGAAACCUCAAAGAAAAGAUUGAAAUAUUUGUCAGAAUUUCUGCUCAAUUUCUGCUCAGUUCUUUCAGUGUGUUCCUGAAAGAACUGAUUAGUUCCUACCCAAAAGGCACAAGACAUUGAUACAACGUUGAUUACCGUAUUUUUCGGAGUAUAAGUCGCACCGGCCGAAAAUGCUUUAUAAAGAAGGAAAAAAACAUAUAUAAGUCGCACUGGAGUAUAAGUCGCAUUUUUGGGGGAAAUUUAUUUGAUAAAACCCAAUAUCAAGAUUCAAGAUGCUUUAUGAACAAGACACAUAAGAACUGAAAUUUAAUUUUCGGCACAGUCCCACUAAGAGCAGACAUACGUUACAGGGAGACAAGACGGGACCGCCAACGGCUCAGCCACUGACGGCUAAGGCUGCAGCUAACGAUUAUUUUUCUAUCGAUUAUUUUUUCGAUUAAUUGGUUACUCUAUAGAUAUUUUUUUUUUCCGAUUAAUCUAUAGACUAUUUUUCCUUUUACCGAUUUUUUUUUUUUAUUUAAAAUGAAGAUGAAAAAAAUAAAUGUAGGCCAGUUUUUUUCAAAAGGCAUGGCUUUUAUUUACAAAAAAAAAAAGAAGUAUGGCCACUCAGUCAACAUUGACAACAACAUGACAAAAUAUUCUGUAACAAUGUAAACAUUUAUAACUUUUAACAUUUAACAAAAUUAAAAGUAGCUUAUUUGCUUUUUAAUGUGCAAAUAUAAAAUAAACAUACAGUGCAAAUCUUAAUAUUCUGCAAUAGUAUAAGCAUUUCAAAAGUAAAAGUAUUGCUUAUUUUGCUUUAAAAUGUGCAAAAAUAAAGAUAAACAUCCAAUACAAAAAAGUGCGUAUUUCCUUGAAUUGGCGCCGGGUAUAUAGUAUUCGCAUGCCUCGAAUUACUGCCGGGUCAAACUCGUUUCGCAAAAAUAAUUAGCGCAUGCUUGGCCUUACUGCUGGCUCAGGAUUAACGCCGCCUGAUCAAACUCGUUUCGCAAAAAUAUUAAUUUUAUUAGCGCAUGUCUGGAAUUUUCGCCGGAUCAAACUCGUUUCGCAAAAUAAUUAGCAUAUGUCUGGAACUUCCGCCGGGUCAAACUUGUCACGUCAUGAGUGACACUUCACCUGUCAUCAUUUUCAAAAUUGAGGAGGCUGAUUUCAAUAAUUUGAAAUCACAGAAAGGGAAGAAGAUUAAGAGCUAUUCAGUAGGAUUUAAGGUCCAAGCUAUUGAAUAUGCUAAAAAGAACAGUAAGCAGUUAUGUUUUAUUAAUAUACCGUAGCUGCGUGUGUCAAAUAUGAGUCAUUAAAUGACUCCCGUCUCCUGGUGGUAGAGGGCGCUAGUGAUCCUUCUUGCGACUCCCGGUACUGCAGAAGACCGGUGCUGCAGAAGAAGACAACAAGCAACAAGAGUGAGCAGUGAUUGUUUGUUUGCACUUUUAACAUGGAGGAUUACAUAUCUAAAAUAAAACAGUUUUCUAAACUGGACUUUCAAUCGAAGCAGGAGGUAAUACUUAAAGGAAUAUCUCCAUCGAGACAGAGAGACUUUUAAAACUGAAGAAAGAUAAGGAAGACUUCUAUAAACAAGUUAUCGAUGCUUUUGAUGAGACGCAGCUGUGCAUGGACUCUUAAGUAAAGGUAAGACCAUAAUAACGUUUUUGUUUUUUUAAUUAAAUGUGCUUUUCAUGAUGGUAUCCUUACAUCACUCAAAUUUAUAAGCGCAGUCCUAAAUUUACCCCACGCCUUUUGGAAAGCGCGGGAGUGAGAAGAGAUUUUAAAUUAAUUAGCGCCCCGGCGGCUAUUCAAGGAAAUACGGUAUGCGACGCGUCGACGCACAAAAACGGCAUCGACGUAUUUACGUAAUCGAUGACGUCGACGCGUCGUUUCAGCCUUACUUACGGCGCUCCUUAAAAAAAGUGGGAAAAUGGUGAUAUUGGGAAAGAGUAAAAUAUAUCAGUCUAAGGCUGGACCCUUGGGAGGGGGUCCAGACUGAGUCCAAGGGAAAAAACCUCACGUAGCAUAGCACACAUAAACAUGUUACAUAUAAUCAAAACAACUCGCAACAGAGGAGGGUGGAUUUGGGGCCCUGGAGGCCGGCCUGCUGCUAUAAAGCGCUACUAGCCAUCCAGAACCCCAGGAAUUAAGCGGUGAGGAAGGGGCGGGUGCGUGCAUGUAUGCCCAAUUAACUUGGGUGUGAUGGUGAAAUGUUUUUGUGGACUGGGGCCAAUCUCCAAGUUCGACACCAGGUGUUGUUGAGAAAAAGGGAGGUCACAAGCGUCCAUCGUUGAGAUGUCCUCGGGGGUGUUUUUCAGAACAGCCUGGUCCUGAUAGCGUCAAGGCCAUUCGAGGGAGUCAAAUCGUAGAUCAGGAUGUUGUUUUCGUCGAGCAGUCAAAAACAAUGACUUGCCUGCUCUAUUUGUCCAUGCUGGUUUCUCUCAAAUUCAAUUCAAUUCUCCUUCUCAGCAAACUUCUCCAUGAUGUGAUCCAUUUUGCGAUUCAGUUCAGAAAUCGCCAGAGUCUGUGUUCCCACAGCCCGGCCCAAUCCUUCCAUUGCGACGAACAGCCGUUGGGCUCCUUGAGUGGCUGCCAUCGUCUUCCGAAUUUGACGAUACACCAGAGCAAUGCCCAGCCCAAUCAGCAGGUGCCUCGCGAUCACGGUUCCAAAUAGGUAGAUGUCUUCCACGUCCUCGAUGGAAAGGACUGAGAGGCACAUGAUUCUCCAUUUAUCCCAGGAGUCUCUCACAUACCCCGCAGCAAUGGUUCCAUCAGGGCAGCCAGGCUCCCCCGAACCUCUUUUCCUUGUCGAAAAGACUUUGUCAAUUGCGUCGAGAGCCCAGCUGAUCAUAUCCAUGUUUGAUGCGCAAAGAAAGAGGCUUCAAAAAAGUUCAGACAAGACAAAAACGAAGAAUAGACAUUUGAAAGGCAAUUUAAAAUAAAUAAAGAAUAGUGAACAACAGGCUGAAUAAGUGUACGUUAUAUGAGGCAUAAAUAACCAACUGAGAACAUGCCUGGUAUGUUAACGUGACAUAUUAUGGUAAGAGUCAUUCAAAUAACUAUAACAUAUAGAACAUGCUAUACGUUUACCAAACAAUCUGUCACUCCUAAUCGCUAAAUCCCAUGAAAUCUUAUACGUCUAGUCUCUUACGUGAAUGAGCUAAAUAAUAUUAUUUGAUAUUUUACGGUAAUGUGUUAAUAAUUUCACACAUAAGUCGCUCCUGAGUAUAAGUCGCACCCCCGGCCAAACUAUGAAAAAAACUGCGACUUAUAGUCCGAAAAAUACGGUCUGUCCUUUAAAGCCGACUUUAAAACAACGUUGCAGAAUAUUUGCAUUUGUAAAUUGAGACAACGUUGAUUUCUAACGUUGGAUCCACGUUGUUGGUUGGGAAAUGACCAAAUUUCGACGGUCAGAACCCAACAUUGAUUAAACGUCGUCAAUAAGAAUGUUGUUUCAACGUUAUGUUUGAGUUGCCAAUUCAACAAGUUCUCAACGUUGUUUUUUAAUGUCUCGUGCCUGCUGGGUGUCUCAACAUUUUAAAUUUACAAUAUUAACGU